UUGAGAUAAACAAGUCAACAACAACCAUGGCGGCCGUGGUAGGGAGGAGAGGGCUUGUAUCCCUUCCCUCUUGGUCAAAUAGAUUAAUAUUCUUCAGAAAUCUUGCCACAACCUCCAUAAAGAGGUCAGAAGCUCCUGCAACGGCUGAGUUCUACACCGACGAACACAAGGAGCUGCAGAGGUCGCUGAAGAAGCUGAUCGACUCAGAGAUCAACCCACACGUGGACCAAUGGGAAGCUGAGGGUCAAUUUCCCGCCCAUGAAGUGUUCGGGAAGUUGGGAAAAGCAGGGUUCCUGGGAGUUUGUAAGCCAGAAGAGUAUGGCGGACUUGGUCUUGACUACAGCUACAGCAUGGCCAUGUCUGAGGCCUUGGGCACCAUUAACUGUGGUGCUAUCCCCAUGGCCGUGGCUGUCCAGACUGACAUGUCAACCCCUGCUUUGGCCAGGUUUGGAAGCAAUUACCUGAAGGAGGAGUUCUUAGCUCCAAGCAUCUCUGGGGAAAAGGUAUCCUGUCUCGGUGUCAGUGAACCAGGUGCGGGGUCCGACGUGGCCAGCAUACAGACCACAGCCAAACGCGAUGGGGACGACCUCAUCAUCAACGGUCAGAAGAUGUGGAUCACCAACGCAUGGCAGGCUGACUGGAUCUGUCUCUUGGCGAACACUUCCCAGGGACCAGCUCACCUCAACAAGUCUCUCAUCUGUGUCCCCAUGAAUAGUCCAGGCAUUCAUCUGACCAAGAGGAUUGACAAGAUGGGAAUGCGGUCAUCUGACACAGCUCAGAUAUUCUUUGAGGACGUGAGGGUUCCUGCCAAAAAUAUCAUAGGUGAUGAAGGAAUGGGCUUCACCUACCAGAUGUUGCAGUUUCAGGAGGAGCGUCUGGCAGGUGCAGUUCUCACUAUCCCUCCGAUGGAUACCUGUAUACAGAGCACCAUUGCCUACACGAAAGAACGUAAAGCCUUUGGUCAGCCGCUGCUCAACAACCAAUGCAUCCAUUUCCGUCUGGCUGAACUAGAGACAGAAAUUGAAUGUUUGAGGUCCCUCAUCUACAGAGCUACUGAUCUGUACGUCGCUGGAGAAGAUGUGACAAAAUUGGCCUCAAUGGCAAAAUUGAAGGCUGGUCGGCUAGCUCGUGAGGUGACUGACUCCUGCCUCCAGUUCUGGGGUGGGAUGGGCUUUACAAAUGAGGUUCUUGUGAGUCGGUUCUUCCGUGACAUGCGUCUAGUAUCCAUCGGUGGGGGAGCGGAUGAAGUGAUGCUCAUGAUCAUUUGCAAGUACAUGGACACACUGCCUCGCCUGCCAAGGAAAAAAUAAGUUUUCCACUUAUUAUUUUCUAACUCAGAAAAUAUUUGUGGGGCUUCUGUUGGUAUUGUCUGUCCAGUGGUUUCCACUUGGUAACUUAGGUUCUACUUGAUACGUUGGAACCAAACUUCAGGUAUAUUCUUACUCACAGUUGAUGAAUCCCGUCAGAUUUGGUGUGAUGCAUUAAAUAGCCCAGAAAGUUCAUUAAAGCUUGCCUUUUAUUUUCAGAGAAGAAACAUCUGUGCUAUUUGUUAAGUUCAUUGAAACACAAACAGUCAUAAAAUAUUUUGGUAUUUCAGAGAGACUUACCAUACUGUACGUCCUCCAUCCCAGUGAUUGAGCAAUUGAUUCUGGUUAAUUACCAAUUAUAACAAUAACCCAACUUGUUAAGAAUAAUAGUUCUCAUAUCAAUCAACUAUAACAAUGACCAUAUAUUAGGUGAAUCACCUCAACAUUAAGUUUACACAUUGUCAACUUGUAACAUUAAACACAAGAGCUGCCUGAUGACUGGGUAAAAAAAAAGUCUUUGAACAUCUUUACCCAAACGAGAUGCAAGAAAAAGCCACGACCAGAAAACCUUGUACUGUACAUAACUGAAGAACAUGUGUCCACGUAUAUGUAGGGGAGGUAAAUAGAAGCAGUUAAUCAUACUAAUUCAGGAGUGCUGAAAUCUGUCAAGUCACUGUUGCAUCAAAGUGUAAAUAUUUCACUUGGUAUAAAAUUUUGUACCUUAAGCAGUGCUGUAAAUAGAUUCAUAGAUAGCAUUAGGUAUCAAAUUAUUUUUUGUAUGAUUUCAUACAGUAAUGGAUGGGUUGACACAGUUGAAUGUAUGGAUUGUAUGUAUUACCAAAUUAAACUGAGAAAAUAC